CGCCCCUCCUUCCCUCCCUGUGAGCUCAGAGCAGUGGGACAAAGUGCCUGGGACAAGGACAGAGGCCUGAGAGCAGCCAUGGGCUCUGGAAGAGCGGGCCUCCUGGGGGCCUGGGGGCCCCUGCCCGUCCUGCUUCUGUUCAUCUCCGGAGGCAUGGCUCAGGACUCCCCACCCCGGAUCCUAGUCCACCCCCAGGACCAGCUGUUCCAGGGCCCUGGCCCUGCCAGGAUGAGCUGCCAGGCCUCAGGCCAGCCACCUCCCACCAUCCGCUGGCUGCUGAAUGGGCAGCCCCUCAGUAUGGUGCCUCCAGACAUCCACCACCUCCUCCCUGAUGGAACCCUCCUGCUGCUGCGGCCCCCUGCCCAGGGACAUGCCCACAAUGACCAGGUCCUAUCCACAGACCUGGGUGUCUACACGUGUGAGGCCAGCAACCGGCUGGGCACGGCAGUCAGCCGAGGUGCUCUGCUGUCUGUGGCUGUCCUUUGGGAGGAUUUCCAGAUUCAGCCUCGGGACACAGUGGCCACCGUGGGCGAGCAGGUGAUUCUGAAGUGCGGGCCCCCCAGGGGCCAGCCAGAGCCCACGGUCUCAUGGUGGAAGGAUGGGAAACCCCUGGUCCCUCAGCCAGGGCGGCACACGGUGUCCAGGGGCUCCCUGAUGCUGGCAAGAGCAGAGAAGAGCGACGCAGGGACGUACCUGUGUGUGGCCACCAACAGCGCAGGACGACGAGAGAGCCGGGCAGCAAGGGUGUCUGUCCAGGAGCCCCAGGACCACAAGGAGCUUCUGGCUGUGCACAUUCAGCUGGAAAACGUGACCUUGCUGAACCCAGAAGCCACAAAGGGCACCGAGCCUGGACCUGUUGUAUGGCUCAGCUGGAAGGUCAGUGGCCCUGCCGCACCCGCUCAGUCCUACACAGCCUUGUUCAGGACCCAGACUGCCCCAGGAGGGCAGGGAGCUCCGUGGGCAGAGGCCCUGCUGGCUGGCUGGCAGAGUGCAGAGCUUGGGGGCCUCCACUGGGGCCAAGACUACGAGUUCAAAGUGAGACCAUCCUCUGGCCGGGCUCAAGGCCCUGACAGCAACGUGCUACUCCUGAGGCUGCCCGAACGAGUGCCCAGCGCCCCUCCCCAGGGAGUGACCCUAAAACCUGGCAAUGGCAGCGUCCUUGUGAGCUGGGUUCCGCCACCUGCUGAAAACCACAAUGGCAUCAUCCGCAGCUACCAGGUCUGGAGCCUGGGCAACACCUCCUUGCCUCCGACCAACUGGACCGUGGCUGGUGAACAAACCCAGCUGGAGAUCGCCACCCAAAUGCCAGGUUCCUACUGCGUACAAGUGGCUGCCGUCACUAGUGCUGGGGCCGGGCAGCCCAGCAGCCCCGUCUGCCUCCUGUUAGAGCAGACCAUGGAGCGAGCCACCCGAGAACCCAGUGACCGUGGUCCAUGGACUGCUGAGCAGCUGAAGACUGCCUUGAGGCGGCCCGAAAUCAUUGCCAGCGGAGGUGUUAUGUUCUGGCUGCUGCUGGUGGGCACCGCUGUGUGUAUCCGCCGCCGGCGCCGAGCUGGGGUGCACCUAGGCCCAGGUCUGUACAGAUACACCAGUGAGGACGCCAUCCUAAAACACAGGGCUGGCUUGCUGGUACAUCUGCUCCAAGUGGGUCUGGCUCCCAGAGCAAGCUGUGGUUAUGAGACAAGAUGCUAAGAAAGAAAACAUCCUUUUUUCUCCUAUAAGCUGAGUGUUACAUUAAAUUGCAUCCCCUCUCUCUGCCUACCUUCUCCUGCUCUUAAUCAUAUUAGAUUUCCUCUGGGAGGCUUCACAUUCCAGGUCUGCAUCUUUCAGCUGAAGUUCCUCAAGCACUUACUAUGUGCCAGACACAUUCCGCCCUUGGGCUGCGGUCUUGCUGUUGGUUUCUGAGUCCAGAGCCAGGCUCCAAGCUGGCUGGUGCAGUGUUCCUGCAUUCUGCCCUCUCUGGCUCUUCUCUUCCACCUGCCUCCUGGGCUUUGUCUGCUCUGCCCUGAACUUCUUCUGACUCCCUUGUCCUUCAGGGAGAUUCCAUUCUGAUGGUUUUGUUCAUUCAUUCCUUUAGUCUCUGUGUGCCAGGAACUCUCAGUCUAGGGAGAGACAGCCGUGCUAGCACAUGAAUGUGAUCCAGUGUUGGAAGUGUAGAAAGAUGUACGAGAUACAUACAGCAGGUUGGGGUGGCUGGGGAAACAUGGGAGAAAGAAGAGUCACACUUACCCUGCCAGUGAGAAGGGAAAGGCGAUAGGAGCAGCACAAACUAGCCUGCUGUGCUCACACGAACAGGCCAGCCCUUAGGGCUGGCUGGGGCAUAGGGUGUGAGAUUGGGUCAGAGCAAAGGAUAAGGUUAGAGAGCUGGAAGUCUCUCAGCCAGGCGAAACAUUUGGGCUCUAUUUUGGUAAAUGGGGGGCCACUGAAGGUUUUAGGCAGAGAAGUGUUUUGGUCUGACCCUGUUCUUGAAAGAUCAGUCAGGCAGCCAGCAUGGCACUCGUUCAAAGGGAGCCAGUCUAGAGGAAGAGGAGCUAAGAUCCACUUAGCAAACUCCUGCACUGAGAGGUCUCACACUUCAGCUCCUGGCAUCAGCCCUGUAUGAAGGGCCUUACUGUUGCCAUUUUAUGGAUGAGAAACCUGGGGCUUAGAGAAGCGGCUAAACUCAGUUGCUCAGGGUUGCACAGAUAGGCUGUGGUGGAUGGGCAUUUUCAAACUGGGCUUGUCUGGCUCCAGAUCUGUGUUCUUUUAGUCUCAGCAAGUAGGUACCUCUCUUUAAUGCCUCAGUUUGGGGCAACAUGGACUUGCCCUGAUCCCGUGAUAGGAAAGGGGUGCUGAGUUUGGGAUACAGGUCAGAGAUCUUAAGGAGUCUGUGAAGGGCGGAAAAGUGGUGAGAAGGAAGGUGAUACCAUCACUGACUCAAUCUGUUCUUGAAUGUCUGAGCUGGAGGUCUUGGCCAAGUUAUGUUCUCACAUAUCCCUGUUUCUCCCGCCCCAUUG